CCUUGUACGUAGCACAACUACAUGUCCGAAAACAAACCAGACAGAUAUGGAGAAUCUCGCAAGAAAAUUCUUGUUUUGCUGCUGCUUCAUUUUGGUGACCUUUGCAUGUAACCUAGCACGAGCUCAAGAAGAAGAGGAUCAACAUGGAUUUAGUUACGAUGAAAACAGCCCCCGGGGACCAGCUCACUGGGGGAAGCUUAAGCCGGAGUGGUGCACGUGUAGCCAUGGUCGCAUGCAGUCUCCGAUCGAUCUGCCGGAUGCAAAGGUUCAAGUUGAUCCAAGCUUGGGCAAACUUCACAGGCAUUACAAACCUUCUAAUGCCACACUCAUCAAUAGAGGCCAUGAUAUUAUGUUGAGAUGGGUUGAUGAUGCUGGAUAUAUUCGUAUAAAUGGGACCUUGUAUCAACUCAAACAGUGUCACUGGCACUCGCCUACUGAACAUGCUAUCAAUGGCAAAAGGUACGAUUUAGAGGCGCACUUGGUUCAUCAAUCCUCAGAUGGAAAGAUUGCUGUAAUUGGAAUACUGUAUAAAAUUGGACGCCCUGACCCUUUUUUAUCCAUGCUGGAGCAUUAUAUAGAGGCUCUUGCUGAUACAUUAGAAGAAGAGGAAGUUGUGGGUUUUGUUGAUCCAAACCAGAUAAAGUUCGGAAGCAAGGGAUAUUAUAGGUACAUUGGCUCACUAACAACUCCUGCUUGCACUGAAGAUGUCCUCUGGACAAUUGUUGAUAAGGUUGGAACUGUUAGUCGUCAUCAAGUGAAACUGAUCCGUAAUGCUGUACACGAUGGGUCGAAAAUGAAUGCUAGACCACUCCAACCAAUAAAUAACCGCCCUAUCCUAUUGUACACCCUGCCUGUUGAUGAAGACUGAAAUCUGAGUGGAGCUUAAUAUUAAACGAAAUAUGCUAAAAAAAUGUAUGACUCUACUGAGUGGUUGUUUCACUUUAAUUUGCUCCUUUCCUCGUAAUAUUUAGACAUCUUCUCCACCAUAUGCAUUAUAUAUUUUCGAAUCUUCUCUACAGUCAA